UAUAAGCGCGACGGUGGGUGCUUUGGUACUUGCAUUUCUUGGCUCCGCCAAAAACCGAAAUUUCAUUCACCGAUUACGACGAGUGUCAUGAGCACGGGCCGCGGCUGAAAAAAAAAAUCCGAAUUUCAAAGCGAAUAAACCGAAGUCGGUGGUACCAGCAGCAGUACGCCGAUCGCGUCUAUUCUCUUCGCUACACUUUCUAAAUGUUACUUUUGACUGUUACCUAACGAUAGUCGCACAGCAGACACGGUAAUCGUUCAACAUUUAAAAGUCUCGUCGUUUUCUGGGCGGAAAACGGGUGAAAUUUUUUCGGGAAAAUAAGAUGUUCGCGCCUUAAAGUCGACGAGUGUGCCGGAUUCGAUUUCCUUCCAUUCCAAUCGGGUGCUAGUGAUCUGUGAUAAAUAUUUUUUUUACUGUAAGAAAUUAAGAAGAUUAUACACACACACACCAUCUCACUGGAGACUUUCGUAUACGAAAAAGGACAAAAUGGCACAGCGUUUGAUUAUUUUGGCGACUUCUUUGCUCUUCUGCACGUGCUCAUCCAUUCAGAUUCACAAACAAAUGAGCUUGGACGAAAUUAGGCAUACGUUUCACGUCGACAAUCACGACCUCGUGCCGGAAUACGAGGUGGUGCCGGUCCAUCACAACGCCAGGACGUUGCCGGAUUACAAGGAGAACGCGAUCGACGGGCCGGAUCCCGGCGACGGUGGAGCCAACAGGACGAGGAGCAAGCCGGCGCCGGAGGAUGUCGCGACCAACGUGAAGCUCAGGGCGUUCGGGAAACCGUUCAAUUUAUCAUUGGUGCCCACCACGGGCUUGUUCAAAAAGGGCAAGCUGAAGUUGUGGACCAUCGAGCCCAACGCCACCGCCCAACACGGCAUCGAAUACGUCGAAAUACCAGAGACGAACGACGAUAUCGGUGAAUUGUAUCAAGACGAAGAAAAUCAGGCUGCGAUUCUUCUAAGGACCGAAGGCGAUGGGCUCGUUUUGGAAGGGAGCAUCGGGUCCCACCUGGUGAUCCGCCCUCUGCCGGCGCGCCUCCGCGGCUCCGUCAUCAGAUCGAAGAACAACCGAACGACCGGCGGCGCCAACGACACCGACCUGGACAGCGUCAACGACGACGAGAUGUUCCUGGACCAAGACGGCGAGCUCAACUCCGAGGUGGCCAUCGACACCGGCCUGCCCAUCAGACGGAACAAGAACGUCCACCAUCACAUCGUCUACAGGAGGAAACAGGAGGAGGACGACGGCACGGGCGAUUACGCGCUGAUGGAGCCCGAUCACUUGGCGAAGAGGUUCAGGAGGAGCGCCGGCGGCGAUAGGAAGAAGCGGGAGGCGCCCUACACGAUCUACCCGGAGAUAUUGGUGAUCGUGGAUUACGACGGGUAUAGAUUGCACGGCGGGGACAACGUGCACAUCAAACGGUACUUCGUUUCGUUCUGGAACGGCGUGGAUUUGAGGUACAAGCUGCUCAAAGGGCCCAAAAUCAGGAUAUCGAUAGCGGGAAUCAUCAUCAGCAGGGGUAGAGACGCGACGCCCUAUUUAGAACGGAACAGAGUAGGUAGAGAUGCCAUAGACUCGGCGGCAGCUCUGACUGACAUGGGAAAAUAUUUAUUCAGAGAAAGAAGACUUCCCGUAUACGACAUCGCCGUUGCUAUUACAAAACUUGACAUGUGCAGAAGGUCAUACCCCGGUGAUGUUUGCAAUCGCGGAACGGCAGGAUUCGCCUACGUCGGCGGAGCGUGCGUGGUCAACAAGAGAUUGGAAAAGGUGAAUUCCGUCGCCAUCAUCGAGGACACCGGCGGCUUCAGCGGAAUCAUCGUGGCAGCCCACGAAGUCGGCCAUUUGUUGGGAGCAGUUCACGAUGGUAGUCCCCCGCCUUCCUACUUGGGCGGACCGGGCGCGGAGAAGUGCCAAUGGACCGAUGGUUUCAUCAUGUCCGAUUUGAGGCAUACCGAAAGGGGAUUCAGAUGGUCGGCGUGCAGCAUCGCCAGUUUCCACCAUUUCCUCAAUGGCGAUACGGCGACGUGUUUGUACAACGCGCCUCACGAGGACGAGAGUUUGCCGAGAGUACUGCCGGGAAAACUGCUGACUUUAGAUGCUCAAUGUAGGAGAGACAGAGGAACCAGCGCUUGCUUCAAGGAUGAUCGAGUUUGCGCGCAGCUUUUCUGCUUCGACGCCGGUAGUGGCUACUGUGUAGCAUAUAGACCGGCAGCAGAGGGAUCGCCUUGCGGCGAUGGACAGUACUGCUUGAAUGGAAGGUGCGUGGCAGAGCACGAGAACAUCAUCCCGGAUUACUCACAAAAUUCCGCUUCUUAUUUGAGAAGCAACGCACGAUCGUUGUUUGGAGAGCAAGAAUCGGUGCAAGAUCAGAAUGAUAUAACGUCUACACAAACACCACCACAGAACUCAUACAAAACCCACGUUAAAGAACAGAAACCUUACACAAACGAACCUAACGUGUAUCUCUAUCAAAACGAUUAUUCCAUUAACUACCAAUCUUCUACGCCAUCUUCUACGAGUAGAUUCACGUACAAAUACGCCUUUCCGACGCGCUCGACCGCAUCGUCUUACCGAUUUUCCACGAAAUCGACCACCCAGUCCCCCUUCGAUUUCCACUACUUCGGAAAAUCCGCCGAAGCGGCGAUUACCGAACCCAGUACCACCACCAACCGGUUCAUCGGCAAUUACUAUAUCUUGCGCAGGAAAACGACGAAAAGCCCGUACGAUUUCGCCGAUUUCGGCAAAUCGACCAAAAGCCCCUAUCAAAGUUUCGAGGACAAUCCGCACCGGAGUUCUUUUAACGACGUUAGUUACUAUAGCGACAGCAGUAGACAGUAGGCAGUAGGCUGUAGGCUUGGUGAUUUAGGUUGAAGCUAAUUUAUGGAGAAUAUUUCUUCGAAACUGACACUGCUUCAACGUUGCCGUUGAAGGAACAAUUUCAGUGCUUGUGAUUGUUAGUUUAUAAGUUUCUUUGUUUUUUUUUCGGUACAGACAAAUA